AUGGUGAAUCCAGGACUCUCAGACAUUUACGGUUUUCAAGUUUUAUCACAAGUCGUGAAUGGCUUGCGACCGAUCAUUCCGUUUCAAUCUCGUCAAGAAAUGCGACAAUGGCUUUCAGAAUUCAUGUUGGAUGAAAGUCACAGAGAGACUUCUCCUAAGGAUCAUGGAGAUGUUUCAUCAUUGGAUGCAUUGUGCAACAUUUGUGAGGAAUACAUGUCCCUCAUGAAAGCAUGUUGGGAUCCUGUGGCGAGUCAACGACCAGAAUUUGUUGAGAUUUGCCAAAGGCUGAAUGGACUUUUAGAAGGGACUCGAUAG